GAAGCUUGCAAGCUGCGCCGUGCCAUUGACGGGGGUGCUAGUAGGUCGAUUUCAAGAGUGUAACGAUAGACCUCAGUUGAACGAGCUCGAUUACACCGGCAAAUUUCUUCCUCGACUCGACUCGACUCCUCCUCCUCCUCCUUCUACCGCACCGAUUCACACUGUCUGAGACAACAGAUCAACUGAUGACGUGACAAUCCCGUUCGUUUUUCUCUGGACUGUUCCGAAAGCAACAAGCAAGAUAGCAACAGCGACACAAACAAUGGCUGACCUGCUUGACGCGAAACCCGUCCUCGAAGAUACGUACCAUCCCAGGGAUGCUCUGGCGGCGUCGGUCCGCGGCAUCACAUAUGCAGGUACCGCCGGCCUGUUCCUGGCGGCUGUGCAGAACACGGUAGCGAAAGAGAGCAUUGGACCCUGGGGUGUAUUUUCUCGGUUCGGCAAGACGAUAGGGCUUUUUGCUGCUAUGGGUGGAAGUUAUGCGUUUGUCAACACGGCUACCGCCAAUCUCCUUGAAAGGAACGAUCCUAUGAAUCACGCACUCGGUGGUGCAUGCGCCGGUGCACUUGUUGGUCUGAGGAAGCGAUCAAUGCCCUCAACUCUCGGCAGUGCGUUUGCCCUGGGGGCUGUGAUGUUUGUUGUUAAUUAUACCGGACGGCCUAUUUUCGAAUCGUCCUCGGAUGCUCCUCAACUAGAUCGAUUAGCCUACAAGGAUGAGGCAAAGACCAGAUACAGGAGACCUCUGAACGAGACUAUCAACGAACUCGGUGAGGGUAGAGGUGAGUUGUUUUCCAUUUUCGGACCAGUCCAUGAUCAAGUUGGCUAAAAUGGAAUGUCACUUAGGUAUCUAUGGACCCGGCUACGCCGAAAGACGCAAACAAAGGAUCAAAGAACGAUACGGUAUCGAUGUUCAAGAACCAUAUUACACCAACAAAUCCGCUGAAGCAGGGACGGAAUUCUAGGCUUUAAGUUUUCCUGCUUGAAGACAGUCAGUCUUGCAUCACAAGAAGAAGCUGGAUGGUGCUGCGGUUGAAAACCCAUCAACACCCAAAAGGCCAUUCCAUCGGAAUAGUAGGAGGUCAGCUGCUACACAUAUUGUCGAACGGACAAUUUAGAUUGUGGACGCAUGUACAGAUAUCCCUCAAAUGAAACAGAGAGAAGCAUGGCACCCGCCAUGAAGUUUUUUUCAUCACCUUGCAUACAGGACUUCAGGAAUCGCUCCCAAGCACCGCACGGUUGCAGUCUGUUUUCCGGCUGACUCAUUGUUCGUGUCUUCUUGAUGCCCGCAUUCACCGGAACCAGAUUGAUUGUUUGAGUUCAACAGGCAUCGGCUUAUUGUGAUCCAACAUUGUACGAUUGAAAUUGAACCGUCCACGUGUGAUCUUUGAAGCCAUCGAAGUUGAUGACCCCGGGACAUCUGAGGUAGCAUAUGAUGCGAAUGAUUCUCUCGGUUUGAGUCUUCGGUAGUGACAGAGGAAUGGCUGCAGCAUGUGAAGUCUAAUGAUACGUCUGGACCGGUGUGCGAUACAAGGAUGGCGGUCUGGACCUUUGAAGUUAAAAACAUCGGCUGUGAUUAGCUAAAUCUUUUGACAUUCAGGGGACCUCAGGAGUCUCCGCGGUCGGAGCUAUCAUUCAACCCUUUACGAGUACAACACCUCCGGCACGAUAAAUGAUGCAGGCGAUAUCUACGUUGAGGAUAUGCAGAAUGAGCAUAGAACAAAUUGGACACUGUCAUGGGUAGCUGGGAUGCUCUCUCGAACAUCCUGUACAUAUGUAAGGAUCGACUCCGGAUGCCUCAACCCGUAAAAUUAUUUGCAGCAGUUGCGAGUUACUGGGCUCCGGAACACCUAACGGAUCAACGCUGGGCUGGCGCUGCCACGAGGGCCUUUGGGAGGGGGUAGCAAUAAUGUCGCUUCCUGGACUCUUUGGGGGGACUUUAUGACGCUAAGCGGCCCAAGUUUCUUCUCAUCUGGGGACGUCGGUCGUCGAUAAUAGUUGAUGGCGCAAGAGCCACUACCAAGAUUCUCCAAGAAAGUCAGGCGAGGAUGAGACCUUCAUCAGGCCGAAGAGGCG